UUUUAUCCGAAGUCUAGUUGAGAAACUUCUGCCCGUAGGAUAUGAGAUAGCCUGAUGCUACCAUUAUAUAUAGCAACUGCAGCUACACUGAGCUGAAUUAAAAGGCUGUAAUUGUAAGCAAAGGAAGAAGAAAGAAGAAAUGGCUUCCUUCAUGAUCUCUUCAGCCACUGUGGCCACCGUGAACCGCGCCAGCCUGGCUCAGGCCUCCAUGGUUGCCCCCUUCAAUGGCCUCAAGUCGACCUCAGCUUUCCCAGUUACCAGAAAGACCAAUGACAUUACUUCCAUCUCCAACAAUGGCGGAAGAGUCCAAUGCAUGCUGGUGUGGCCACCAUUGGGAAAGAAGAAGUUCGAGACCCUUUCUUACCUUCCACCACUCAACGAACAAGCUUUGUUGAAGGAAAUCAGUUACCUUCUCCGCAGCGGAUGGGUUCCCUGUAUAGAAUUCGAGUUGGAGCACGGCUUCGUCUACCGUGAGAACCACAGGUCUCCAGGAUACUACGAUGGACGCUACUGGACGAUGUGGAAGUUGCCGAUGUUCGGCUGCACAGAUCCGGCACAAGUGGCCAAGGAGAUCCAGGAAUGCAGGAAGGCUUACCCCAGUGCCUUCAUCCGAGUCAUUGGAUUUGACAACGUUCGUCAAGUGCAGUGCAUCAGUUUCAUUGCCUGCAGGCCACCAGGCUUCUAAGUUUAUUUCUUUAAACUGUACUGAGGCUGUCUCUGAACAUUUUAUUUUUAUUUUUUGUUUUUUGAGAUAAAUCUUCCCCUUUCUUUUCAAUUUCUGGUCCGGAUUCCGAUGGAAUGGGUGAGAAUUGUUGAAUAGAGGGUGGUUUCUCGCCAACUCUAUUUAUGUAUUCUUGUAUGAAUCUUCCUUUUUCUGUUUGUCUUUGAA